AGAACAAGAAUGAGGCAUAGCUGGUUCAAAGGAUCUCUGGUGCUCGUCGUGGCGGUUUCGGCCUGGCUGUACCUCGGCUCCAUCAAGAGAGAAGUCCACAUCCACUCGCAGAGACUCCAGAGGGCCCAUCACAAUGAAUCCAUCAGGGGUCAGGGGAUGCUGAAGCGGAUGGACAAGAUAGAGGACAACAUCAACAGGCUGCUAAAUCUGAUGGAAAUGAAUGACAAGAGGGGAAAGAAGGCUGAGAUGAAGAAGGAGAAGAAGGUGGUGAAGAAGGUGGUGAAGAAGCUGUACCCAAACUCUUAUCUGUUCAUCAAGUGGGGCGAUCAUCUGUCUGAAGAGGAGCAGAAAGAAGCCGAGAGUUUGUUUCAGAAUUACGGAUACAACGCUUUCCUCAGCGACCGUCUGCCUCUCAACCGAGACAUCCCUGACACGCGGCCCGCCAGAUGUGCAGAGAAAAACUAUCCAGAUGACUUGCCGUCGCUCAGCGUUGUCUUGAUCUUCCUGAACGAAGCUCUUUCGAUCAUCCAGAGGGCCGUCCGCAGCAUCAUCCACAAGACUCCUGCUCGGCUGCUGCAGGAAAUCAUCCUGGUGGACGAUCACAGCACCAACGAGGAUCUAAGGGAUAAACUGGAUGAAUACAUCCACUCCAUCAACCAAGAGCGUUCUGGUCUGGUGAAAAAACUGCGGCACUCCGAGCAGCUGGGCCUCACCCAGGCCAGACUGUCAGGGUGGAGGAUUGCUGUCGGGGACGUUGUGGCCAUCCUGGAUGCUCACAUAGAAGUCCACGUGCAAUGGGCAGAGCCCCUGCUGGCUCGCAUCAAGGAGGACCGCACCGUGAUCCUGACACCAGUUUUUGACAAGGUCGGCUUUGAUGACUUGAAAAUCACUCCGUACGACCCUUCUGCUCAUGGCUUUGACUGGGCUAUGUGGUGCAUGUACGUGAGCUUCAAACCCGAGUGGUACGCCUUGAAGGACAACUCUCAGCCUGGCAAGUCUCCCUCCGUCAUGGGGAUACUUGUUGCUGAUCGUAAGUUCUUUGGGGAGAUCGGAAGCCUCGAUGGCGGGAUGAAAAUAUACGGUGGCGAAAAUGUGGAGCUCGGCAUCCGGGUGUGGCUGUGUGGAGGCAGCAUAGAAGUGAUUCCUUGUUCCAAAGUUGCCCACAUUGAGCGAAUACAUAAGCCUUACCUCCCAGACAUGCAUGCCAUGAUGAAGCGUAAUGGCCUGAGGGUGGCAGAGGUCUGGCUGGACGAAUACAAGUACCACGUCAACGUCGCCUGGAACCUUCCCAUACAAAAUCAUGGGAUUGACAUCGGAGAUGUGACGGAGAGAAAGAAGCUCAGGGAGAGGCUGAAGUGCAAGCCCUUCCAGUGGUACCUGGAUAAUGUUUACCCUUUGCUGCAACCCACGACGGACCUGUUUGGUUACGGAGCUCUGAUCAAUGACCUGGCUCCGGGUAAGUGUGUGGAUCAAGGGCCGACGCCUGGAGACACACCCAUCUUAUAUGGUUGCCACUUCCACAGCUCUCAGUACUGUAGCUACCACACUGAUGGACAACUCCACAUCGGCGCUUUCAAAUCGCACAAACAGUUAACCGACCGCUGCGUGGUGGACCCCGGCUCCGGGCUCCUCCCGGGACUGUACAACUGCAAACCGGCCCAGAAAACACGUCAUAUGUUAUGGGAUUUUAAACAGGGAGGCGCUAUCAGGAACAGGGACACGGACAGAUGUCUGGAGGUGGCAGCGAGCCAAGACGGCUCCUUCAGACUCGUCGUUCAGCAGUGCACUUCUCAAGUCUGGAAGAUACAGCACGUCUUUGGGGGCGACGGGCCACAGAAACGGCCCGAGUGAAGGUGAACCAGUAAAGUUGCGAAAUGCACUGGUCAGAACUUAUGUCCAUUUUGUUUGAAUGUUUUAUUUACAUCGCUUUUUCUCUUUCUUGACAAAAAAUAUGUGAGUUAUGGCCUUAAUUCUUAUUGCA